AGACUCGCGCUCAAGGCUGCAUAUGCUCCUCUCCUCCACCCUCCCUCGCCGCCCUCCCGCCCUUCUCAGCGCAUGCGCAGCCACACGCAGCUUCGCGCGCACCGUCCAACGCGCUCUCCCGCGCACGUCGCGCAUCGCGGAGCAGAAAGCUACACAUGUUAAUGCGGUCCCGUCCUUCCGGGAGCAGGUCGCGAGGACGGCCAAGCCGGAGAGUUUCCGAGACAGGGUGCAGUGGCCGAGUGCAGGAAGACAGGUUAUGUUCGCACUUGGCGCGUCCGGACUGUUCUUUGCUGCUGCAUCGCUCAAGACGGAGGAGGAGACCGAGUUUUGGAGAAGGCAUACCUUCACGUUUCUGCCCUGGCAGGCCCCUCAUAGCGCCAGCUUGCAUCAUGCGGUCAAGGUGGAUAUCUACAACAAACUCUCGGCAGGGCGCGAUUCUCUAGAACGUACUAUGCGCGGAUGGCCCAUUGCUCUUCAGGCGUACUGCAACGCGACGUAUGUCGCUCUCGCUAAUGCGUGGCUGAACGCGCACGAGGGUCGGCGCGUAUGUUGGACACUGUGUGCAGCCAACGCUGCGGUGUGGGUGCUCUGGCGCGUACCUCGCCUGCAGGGGUUCAUGAGCAGAAGCUUCACACAUCAUCCGCUAUCGGGGAGGAGCUAUACGCUGUUGACGAGUGUAUUCAGUCAUAAGUCCUUCCUGCACUUGGCGGCAAACUCGUUUGCUCUUGCUAGCUUUGGCACAGCAACAUGGGUAUGGAUGCGCAACGAAAACGUCCGCCAGGGUGCACCCGUACAGUCAACAGACUCGUACCACUUCCUCGCAUUUUUCCUCUCAGCCGGUCUAUUCGCCGGCCUAGUAAGCCACGUCGCGACAACCAAGAUCAUCUUCCCCCGCCUCGUAGCACGCAUGUCCCAAGCCACCCAGUCCGCCCUAGACAACGUCGCCCGCCCCACCGCCGCACACACCGCCGCCGAAGCCGCCGCCUCCGCGGGCAAUGCUGGCAGCAGCAGCGCAGCAGCAGCAGCAGCAGCGCGCCCGAUUCUGCCCUCGCUCGGCGCGUCCGGCGCGAUCUACGCGUGCCUGACGCUCAACGCGCUCGCGUGGCCGCACGCGGAGAUGUCGCUUGUGUUCCCGCCGCUGCCGUUCGGCGUGCCGCUGCGCAUGGGCGCGGCUGCGCUCGUCGCGAUGGAUAUCACGGGCUUGGUGCGUGGGUGGAGGCUGUUUGAUCACUGGGCGCAUCUGGGCGGGGCGGCGUUUGGGGUGGGGUAUUAUGCAUAUGGGACGGAGUGGUGGGAGUGGUGGAGGGAUUUGUGGACGGAGGUGUUUAGGGACGAGAAGGGGUGGGGGCGGUAGGGCUGAAUGGGGUGGGGUGGGGUUGGAGAUCCGUGGUAGAGGAGAUGCGUAGCUUGUUUGAGGGCACGACGGCGGACUUGGAUACUAUUUUCAUUGUUUACUCACCUCUCAGCGGCAUAAUCACCUUAAUUAACG